UGCUAUAGCUGGAGCAUGACUGGCAUGCAGCACUCAGUGCCACGCAGCCAAGCAGAGCCUCUGGGGUGAUUUUAGUGGUGCACAGGAGGGACGGCACUGCCUGUCAGUGCCUCGUGGAUGAGAUGUCUGCACUCAGGUUGGGUGUACCUUGUUGCUGAGGGUGCUGGGGAGAGCGAGCCUCUGCAGCCAGGUGGGGGUGUGGCAGGAUGCCCUGGGGAUGCUGCUCCUCACACAUCAGCAUCAUCUGGGCUUGUGCUUGUGCUUGUUCUGUUUUCUGGGCCGAACUUGUGCCCCACUCCUGCCUCCCACUUCAGCUGCCUCAGUGCCAGAGGCACGGCUGUCCUGUGGCAGGUGGAUUUUCCAAAGGCUGGAUGCCUUUAUCUUACUGAACAUUUAUUUCCGAGUGAGAGCAGUGGGCCUGCGUGCUGACUGCAUGCACACCUGUGCUGCCCAGAGGUUGGACCUGAGGAGGUGGGAAUCACACUGUUAGUCAUGGAGGCUGAAGUCAGGCGUGUUUCUGUUCCCUAAUUGAAGGGUGAGGGCUGUGUUUGUACGGGGGGAGGACGGCAGUGACGUGUUUUGUGGAUCAGUGGGGAGAUCUGCGAGACAGUGGGGUUUGAUGUGCUGUGAGCAUCAAAGGGCCCCUUAAGGAGCUCCUGCUGCACCGUGCUGGCAAGCUGAGACGUUGCAUCUUUGCUGUGUCAAAUCGCUCAGAGACCAUCAACUUUCCUGUGCCUUUGGGUAGGUGUAGAGCUUUGCCAGCCCUUGUCCUUCUGCAGUGCUCCCUCAGCGUGCAGUGCUGUGAUGCUGGGGCUUGUCACAGCUCAGUGCUUACCCGGCCUUUGUGCUGUAGCUCACAUGUAAAGCUGUGCGGGGAUGGACCGAGGUGUGCUGUGUGUUGUGUGCUGCUGGGCAGCCAUUUCCCUGCGGGGCUGGCGAGCUGCAGAGCAGUUCUGGGAUCCCUGCAGAGGAUUAACUGCAUCUCCUGUUUCGGGGGUAUCAGCUUUGCUUUCUGCGUGUUUGAAUCUUUUGUGCUUGCAGACAAUACGCCCUGUUCUCCUCCAUCCUCUGCAAACAUCCUUCCCUCCUGCACGAGGCCAUCCAUCACCUGCCUGGCACGCAGGGAGCCCUCCUGCUUCUGCAAGGUGCCAGCACCUGGUGUUGUCUCUGUCAGUGGAGCUCUGAGCUCGCAUUUGUCAUACCGGCAGCCUUGACAAGCAGCUGAUAGAGACAACUGCCUUGUGAAUGGGAAGUUCCUGGUGCUGGUGGCACUCAGGCUGUUGCUGGAGUUGUUGUGGUGCAGUGCUUUAGUGCAGUGAUUUAUUACCAGGUUUCAGUGAGUUUUGUCAUCCCCCAGAUAGCCUGGUGCUGAGGACCCUGUGCAUCUGUUCCUGCAGUGCUGCCUUUUUUAGGGCCGUGCCAUCUCUGACUGGGGCAGAUGAGGACGUGGGGCUGUGAGUGCAUCACCAAUGUGUGCUGUGCUUUGGUGCCUGCAUUCAGUGGCUUGCAGGAAGAGAAAGUCCCUUGAUUUCAAAGGAGAAGUGCUCAUUUCAGCUGUGAAGUCCCUGUUUUCAGGGGAUUUUGAGCCCUGUGGUGGCAGCUGUAACCAGAGGCACAUAGUGGGGUAUCCAGCGAGUACUGUUACACACCCUGUGGUCAGGAAGGGCAGUGAUGGGAGGCACCCGGACACUGCAGGUGUGUCUGGUGGAAGAAGGGGCAGAGCUGUGAUUGAGCCAGGAGGUUUUGGACGGUGGCCAAGGAUGGGUGAGGAAGGCCCCCCCAGUUUGGAGUACAUCCAGGCCAAGGACUUGUUCCCCCCAAAGGAGCUUAUAAAGGAGGAAGAGUCAUUGCAGGUCCCGUUCACUGUGUUGCAGGGUGAGGGAGUGGAGUAUCUUGGCCAUGCAAACGAUGCUGUGAUCGCCAUCUCCAACUACCGGCUUCAUAUCAAAUUUAAGGAUUCUGUGAUCAACGUGCCUUUGAGGAUGAUGGAAAGUGUGGAGUGCCGGGAUAUGUUCCAGCUUCACAUCGUCUGCAAGGACUCCAAAGUGAUCAGGUGCCAUUUUUCCACCUUUAAGCAGUGCCAGGAGUGGCUGAAGAGGCUAAAUCGAGCCAUUGCCCGCCCUGCGAAGCCUGAGGACCUCUUUGCAUUUGCCUACCAUGCGUGGUGCUUAGGAGUCUGUGUUGAUGAGGAAGAUCAACAUGCACAUCUGUGCCGUCCAGGUGACCACGUAAGAUACCGAUUUGAGAUGGAGCUGGUGAGGAUGGGCUUUGACUUGCAGAACGUCUGGCGAGUCUCUGACAUCAACAACAAUUACAAGCUUUGUUCCAGUUAUCCCCAGAAGCUGCUGGUGCCUGUCUGGAUCACUGAUAAGGAGCUGGAGAAUGUGGCUUCGUUUAGGUCGUGGAAGAGGAUUCCUGUGGUUGUGUACAGACACGUGCGUAACGGGGCGGUGAUCGCACGCUGCAGCCAGCCCGAAAUCAGCUGGUGGGGCUGGCGGAAUGCUGACGACGAGUACCUUGUGACAUCGAUUGCCAAAGCCUGUGCCUUGAACCCUGGAGCGAAGGCACCCGGCAGCGUGCCGCACAACGGGAGCAGCGAUGGCAGCGAGGCCUGCGAGGCUGACUUUGACUCGUCCCUGACUGCAUGUUCGGGUGUGGAGAACGUGGGCACUCCUCAGAAGCUGCUGAUCCUCGAUGCCAGGUCCUACACGGCAGCCGUGGCCAACAGGGCAAAGGGAGGAGGCUGUGAAUGCGAAGAGUAUUACCCAAACUGUGAAGUUGUGUUCAUGGGCAUGGCCAACAUCCACUCCAUCCGGAACAGUUUCCAGUAUCUGCGAGCUGUCUGCAGUCAAGUGCCAGACCCCAGCAACUGGCUUUCAGCCCUGGAGAGCACCAAGUGGCUGCAGCACCUUUCUGUCAUGCUGAAGGCAGCAGUGCUGGUCUCCAGUGCAGUUGACAGAGAGGGACGUCCAGUGCUGGUUCAUUGCUCUGACGGCUGGGACAGGACCCCUCAGAUCGUAGCACUGGCAAAGAUUCUUCUGGACCCCUACUACAGGACCAUGGAGGGUUUCCAGGUGCUUGUUGAAUCAGAUUGGCUGGAUUUUGGUCACAAAUUUGGUGAUCGCUGUGGUCACCAGGAGAAGGUGGAGGAUCAGAAUGAGCAGUGCCCAGUUUUCCUGCAGUGGCUGGAUGCUGUUCAUCAGCUUCUGAAGCAAUUUCCUUGCCUCUUUGAAUUUAAUGAAGCCUUUUUGGUGAAGCUGGUGCAGCACACAUAUUCCUGCCUCUAUGGGACCUUCCUUGGGAACAGCCCAUGUGAGCGAGAGAUGCACAAUAUCUACAAGCGUACCUGCUCCGUGUGGUCCCUCCUGCGGGCUGGAAAUAAGAACUUCCACAAUCUUCUCUACAUGCCAGGGUCUGAGCAGGUGCUGCAUCCUGUGUGCCACGUGCGAGCGCUGCACGUCUGGACAGCAGUGUAUCUCCCAGCUUCCUCCCCACACCCUUUGGGACAGGAUGACAUGGACAUUUACAUGCCCCCUGGAUCUCAGAGCCAGGAGUUCAGUGGCAGAUGUUUGGACAGAUUACCAAAGACAAGAUCUAUGGACGACCUGCUUUCAGCCUGCGACUCCAGCAGCCCGCUGACCCGCACGUCCAGUGAUCCAAACCUGAAUAACCACUGUCAGGAGGUGCGUGUGGGCCUGGAAGCCAGGCAUGCUGCCACUGAGGGAGCCGAGCUGCACGUGGGAGAAGGCAGCAUGGUGGCUGCUGCUGAGGCACAGCAAGUGGAGGAGCAGCAGGAAAAUGCCCCCCUGCAAGCCAGCAGUGCUUUCAACAGCAGCACAGAGCAUGAAGAGCAAAGCAAGAAGCUGAGCAGCUGGGCAUCUGUGCCAGCAAAUGACGUGUCUGUGGAGACAGAAAAGGGAAAUGGAACAUACACGGAGGAACUGGAUGGUACAUGCCCAGCUCCAAACCCUUCCAAACAGGAAAAUGUUGACAAGGUUUCCACCAGUUCUGGAAAGCAAUUAGAAUCCCAUUCCCAGGAACCUUUGAAGGCUACUGCCUUGGCACCCAGUGGAGAAGGCUGCCCCAAGAAAAACACCAUCUGCCAAGACAUUCCCAGCCAGGAGCCACUGGCACCCAGCGCUCCUUGUCAGGAGCCGGGCAUCCCCUGCCCAGACGAAGACAACAGCAAAGGUUAUACUGGAAGGAAGGGGCUCUUUGAGGAUCCCUGCCGGAUGGGGAGAGUUCCACUCGAGCAAUGGCGCAAGCCCAUUUCCCAGAGCCAAAGCAGCGAGUUCUCCUUUUUGGGGUCCAACUGGGACAGUUUUCAAGGAAUGGUGACAUCGCUCCCCAAUGGGGAGCCCACCCCCAGACAGCUCUUCUCCUACGGUUGUUGUAGCAAGAGGUUGAGCAGCAAACAGCUGAGGGCACCGGGCCUGUGUUUCAGUGGCCAGUGGUCUGCAAGGGAAGGUGCAAAAGGCUCAGUCUGCUGUGGCCACAUCGGCACGCAUUUUGCAGGCUCUGCAGGGAAGCCCAGCCGUUCGUGGCUACCCUGCCACCUGAAGCAAGCGUCUGGUCCCAAGCACAUGCCACCAAAAUGUCCUUCUCCCGUGCCUCCUCUUUACCUGGAUGAUGACGGGCUCCCUUUCCCCACGGAUGUGAUUCAGCACAGGCUGCGGCAGAUCGAGGCCAGCUACAAGCAGGAGGUGGAGCAGCUCCGCAGGCAGGUGCGGGAGCUGCAGCUGCGGUUGGACAUCCGCCACUUCUGCGCCCCGCCGGCUGAGCCGCCCAUGGACUACGAAGACGAUUUCACAUGUCUGAAGGAAUCAGAUGGCAGCGACACUGAGGACUUCUGCUCUGAUCACAGUGAAGAUUGUUUGUCAGAAGCGAGCUGGGAGCCUGUUGACAAGAAGGAGACCGAGGUCACGCGGUGGGUUCCAGACCACAUGGCCUCGCAUUGUUUUAACUGUGAUUGUGAAUUCUGGCUGGCAAAACGGAGGCAUCACUGCAGGAACUGCGGGAAUGUGUUUUGUGCCGGUUGCUGCCACCUGAAGUUGCCCAUCCCUGAUCAGCAGUUGUAUGACCCUGUCCUUGUUUGUAACUCCUGUUAUGACCACAUCCAAGUGUCUCGUGCCAGGGAGCUCAUGAGCCAACACCUGAAGAAGCCCAUCGCCACAGCUUCCAGCUGAAUGCCAGACAAGGGACCUGUCUAAGCCCAGCCUUUUCUCUCAUGGGUUUGAAGGGUGACUCUGCCUCCACUGUAAUUGUGAAGGCCUUUGGUGCAACACUUGAACACCAAGCUUGAAUGCACUGUCUUCAGCAGUCUUACGAUCAGACUGGAGCAGAGGAGCUCAGAUUAGAGAGCACGGUGUGCCUCCACUCUGGUACCAGCGGGCCGUACAUUGUAGUCUGACCUAGGGCAAAAGAGGGGAUUGCAACCUCUUAUGUUUGUGGGCUGGAAAGCAAUGUUUUCACAGAUAUUGCCCGUGCAAAGUACCCCCAAAGCAAUAGAAAGGCAUGUUUAGAACCAACUCCCCUGACAAAGGCAGGCUGCUGUACAAGAAGGAAGAGGGCAGACUUGAGGUGGUACUGUGUGCUUUGGAAGGGCCUCAGCCUGGAGCAGUUCUGUAGAUUCUCUUUCCAUGAGUGUGAUUUGUGAUCAGCUUGGUGAACAAGACUCAUUAGCCAUCACUAAUUGAUUUUCUCUUGAGCAUUGAAGAGAAAUUCAUUCUGGCUGAAAACAGGCCGAGCAGAUUCUGCCUGUUUUCAUGCUCUGCUGGGAUGGGUGAAUGCACCUGACUUUGCCCCUGCCCGCCAGCUGUGCGGGGCGAUGGGAGAUUGGCUUUUUCACUUCCUGCUCUGCCCGUCUGCUUUGUCUGCGGUAGUGUCACAGCCUGGUGCUAACACAGGAAUGGCACCCUGAUCCUCUCCUGGCAUGGAAACAGAACUCGUGUUCCCGUGUUGCUCCUCCUCCCCUUUUCUGCCCUCUGCUCUCCACUUCCUACUGCUCUGUAUCCUGAAAACUUGAUACCUUGAGGGUAUAGGCCAUAAUAUGUUGUUUUACCUCCUGGAAUGUGCUGUCUGGUGUAUGUGAGGGUUUCAGUCCAAAUGCUGCUAUAUAUUUCUGUGCACUUAAUGUAACCCGAAAAAGGGAGAAUGAAGCAUUGAUACCAAAAUGGAGGUGGGGAAAGACACUGGCUGACAUAGACACUACGGUCUGUGCUUUUCACUUUAGGAUGUACAACCAAGCUACAGUGAUAAACAUGACACGUGGCAUCUGUUCAGUGGUGGAAACAAUAUCUCUGGUUUGCCCCAGUGCUACCUAAAAUGCCUCUUGAAUUUGACUUCCUUUUUUUUUGUCUCCUGUACAGUGGUCAGAGUUCAGAGUUGCCAACUUGUAAUUGCCUCUCUGCUUGUUCCUUAAACUAGAGAGCAGGAAUUCCAACUCAUUCCAAAAAAGAAAAGUAACUGGGUUUAGGAAGUAAGAAAGGUUUUGAAAGAAAAGAUGACUUUGGGUGAACUUCAGUUUAAUUGCUAGAUCUCUGUGGGAGUUUCCAUCCUGCCUCCUUUCUAAGAUAUCUGCAGGUAUUAGUGAGGAAGAAGAGUUUGAAUGUGGGGCGUUUCUUUCCAGAAAUGCAGGUUUUCUUCCCAAAGACAUGAAAAUGCCUGCAUCGUGAGCUGAGACUUCAUAUGUUUGGAGGGAGGACCUAUGAGGGCACUUGGUCAAGCAAGGCAAAGUACUUUAUGCUGUUGUGACCUCCCGGAUUUUUGCUAAUGGUUUGUCAUCUCCAUCAGAGGGAAUGGAACAAUGACCCUUUCCUGCACUUUGAUAUGUCAGCCUCUGGUUUUGUAAAUCCCAGUAGUGCAAACAAAGCUAGCAUCAUCUGAAGACCCUGUACCUACUUGGACUCUGCUUCUUUUCCAUACUGGGAACAACCAAUAUGGCUUUGGGACGAGAAGGCACCUUGCUUCAGAUUCUCCCCUGCCUUGUACCUUGCAGUCAUUGCCAGACAUGGAAGAGUGACCAUUGGGCUGGCAGAAGAAUCUGCUCCUGUCUUACACAUGUUGGAAUGACUGCAAGCAAUAAGGAAGCCAGAAACUAGGUACUCCUGGCCCUUCCGUUCAGGCCAUUAGUCCAAACUGCUUUUAGCUCUUGUGAGUUUCAGCGUCACAAUGUGCUGGCCAAAAACUCUAAAAUCAGUUCUAUAGCAUUGUGACAAACAAAAUGUGCUGUACAACUCAAUACAGUUGAAAUAAAAUCUCUAUAUUAGUGCU